CCCCCGCCAGCCCGCGGCCCGCAGCCGUCCUGGACUCGAGCGCGCCAGGCACGCGGCGCCCUUCCCCGUCUCGUCUGCAGAGGCGGCGGGGAUGAGCGCGGACGGCGCGCGGGCGCGGGGCGGCGCCGGCGGCGGCUCUGCGGGGGAGACGCGGAAGGCCCUGUCCGUGAUCGUGCCCACGUACAACGAGGUGGAGAACAUCAGGCCGUUGUGCGAGCGCUUGUUCAAGGCCGUCAAGGACGCCGGCCUGACCACGGAGCUCGUCGUCGUAGAUGACGAGUCGGCGGGCUCCGACGAGACUGCCAGGAUCGUGAGGGAGCUCGGGGAGCAGGGCUUCCCCGUCCGCAUCCACUGCCGCAAGAGGGUGGAGGGGCGCGGCCUCAGCAGCGCCGUGCUCCUGGGCUUCCAGAUGGCGAAGCACGACGUGGUGCUGUGCAUGGACGCCGAUCUGCAGCACGAGCCCGAGAGCGUGCCGGCCGUGGCAGAGCCCGUGCUGUCGGGCAGCGCCGAGUUCUCCAUCGGCUCCAGGCACGUCGCGGGCGGCGGGCUCGGCUUCGAGUGGUCCAAGUUCAGGCAGCUCGUCAGCUGGGGCGCGACGCUGCUGGCGUGGCCCGUGGCCGCGUCGACCGACCCCAUGAGCGGCUUCUUCUGCACGAGCAAACCGGUUUUGGGGCGCGCGGAGGGGCGCCUGAACUUGAUCGGCUUCAAGAUCGGCCUCGAAAUCAUGGCGCGCUGCCGGUGCCACCCGGUGAAGGACGUGGCCAUCACCUUCCAGGAGAGGAACGCGGGCGAGAGUAAGCUUUCCGCCAAGCAGUACCAGCUGUACUUGCAGCAGCUCGCUGGCUUGUACGUGGACUGGGGGUCGGCGUCGAUCUUCGGCCGCUGCCUUCGUCUUCGUCCUUCAUCCCUCCGCCGUUUCCUCCUCCCUCCUUUUCUCUCCUCUUCCUCCUCCUCCUC